AUGCGUAAUGCAUUAGAGGUGAAGAACAAGUGGGAUAUUGUCAAUGGAAGCUUCACCAAACCAGCUAGAUCGCACACUCAAUACACCGCGUGGAGGCGGUGCAACCUCAUGAUUUGCUCUUGGAUUUGCAAAUUAGUUCAUCCAUCCAUAGUACAAAGCAUCUUGUACAUGGAUAAAGCCAAGGAAGUAUGGAACGACUUGAGAAAAAGAAGUGAACGUGAAGUUGACCAGAUUAUCAGGUUUCUUCAAGGCUUCAACGAUGAGUUUAAUUCUCUUAAAUCAAAUGUUUUAGUCCUCGAUCCUUUACCUGAUAUUCACAGAGUGUUUGUCAUGGCUGAAAAGUGUGAAAGACAGAUAAACAUAAUGAACCUGAGCGGUCUAGAAACAAUUCAUGCAAAUUCUGUGCAAAAUACACAAAUCACUAGUGAAGACACUAUGGCUGCAGUUAACUACUUCAACAGCAGGAAAAACUUGAACAACAAUGGCUCAAACAAGGCCGCUAAGUGCACAUUCUGUGGCAUGAGUGGUCACACUGCGGAAAAGUGCUAUAAGAAGCACGAUUAUCCCCCGGGAUGGGUGCAAGGUUUUAAAUCAAGAGGAAAACAACAGACUCAGAUUGGGCAGAAUACACCUUCCACCACUGCUGAUGUCUCCCUCAUACCUACAUUUAACAAGGAGGUCACUCAAGGAGAAGGUAGACACUCAAUCAAUCUUCAUGUUAAUUCAGUCACCUUGGAUUCUUCUGUAUGGAUAUUAGACUCAUGUGCUACUGAUCAUAUAGCAUGUUCCUUAGAUCUGUUUGAUGAUUACCAUACUGUUGAAGGGGCUCUGGUUAACUUACCAAAUGGAAGACAUAUUGCAAUGGAACAUGUGGGAAAUAUAAAGCUUAAUGAUGACUUGUGGUUGAGAAAUGUUCUUCACAUUCCAAUUUUUCGAUUCAACAUAGUAUCUGUUACUAAACUCCUUCAGGAUUCAUCUUACACUUUAAUCUUUACCUCUGAUCAGUGCCUACUUCGGGAGAAACAUGGGAAGAUGACUGGUUUUGCUAAAGAGGAAAAGGGUCUAUACUUGCUGCUUGAACCACCAAGAAACUAUAGAGAUUCUUGCACACAUUAUGCUAUGUUUGUAGCCUUGAAAUUUGGCAUCAACGGUUGGGACAUUUUCCCAUUAAUAAGAUGCAGCAUUUACAUAAUUUUCAUGUGCCUAGUACUAAGCAUUUAG